AUGAUUCGUAUAAAAGUAUACGUAGAAAUAUUUUUCCUCCUAACUCUGAUCGUGCAGUCAACAAAAGCAAAUUAUGAAUUGGAGUUGCUUCAAAUUGUAUUUAGACAUGGCGAUCGCACACCAAAUGAAGAAGAAUUAUACCCUACAUUAGCCUAUAAUCCUAUUUACGAAUCGCUUGGUUAUGGUCAAUUAACUGAGGUUGGGAAAAUAAGAGAAUUUCGUCUUGGCGCAAUGUUGAGAAGACGGUAUAGUACAUUUCUGGGUGGUAGUCAUAAAUAUGGUAGCGUUUUCGCUUACAGUUCGGACGUUGAGCGAACAAAAAUGUCUCUGCAGCUAGUCUUGGCCGGUCUGUAUCCUCCUACACUGAGCGAGGAAGGCCGAAUACUGUUAUCUCCAAUAGCAGCGAAUUACUUGCCGACAAUUGUAGACAAUCUACUGUUCCCAAUAAGGUGUGCAGCUUUCCGCGAUGAAUAUCGUAAAACGAAAAAUUCACCUUUGAUUCAGAAGAAAAUAUCGCAGAACAAACGACUUUUUGAGUAUCUUGCAAUGCACACUGGUUUAAACAUGACAUCAGAUCCGAUUUACUCAACUUAUGUACUACACAUCCUCUUUACGACACAGAAAAGUAUGAACAUUACCCUCCCCAAGUGGGCAACCGAAGAUGUACAAAGGAAAAUAAUGCCACUUGUAAAAUUGGAGUAUGAUAUUCAAUCUUAUAACACGUUACUGAAGCGACUAAAUGGAGGUUUUCUUUUAAAGGAAUUCAUUAAAAACAUGGAUAUGAAGAAAGAUAUAAGGUCUCCGAAGAUUUAUGUAUAUAGCGGGCAUGAAAUAAACAUCGCAGCUUUUGCCAGAGCACACAAUUUAAUUAAACCUGAAAUCCCCAGUUUUGGAUCUGCAAUUAUGGUUGAAACAUUACGAAACAGCAUUGGCCAAAAAUUUGUUAAGAUAUUACACUGGAGUGGCGUUACGGAAGAGUUGAUCACUUAUACGAUUCCCAAAUGUGGUGAAAUAUGUCCAUAUGAGCAGUACGUAAGACUUAUGCAACAUGUUAUCCCUUCGAAAGAAGAAUCAGAUUGCUUAUGGAAUAGUACGUCAAAGGAAAUGUUACGUCUGUAUUACGCAGGACAAUUGAAUCUACCUAAAAUAUAAAAGUAUGUUUUGAAUUUCGAAAUUCCGGCUUGAAAAGACAUUUAUGAAAGCCUUUAUACCAAAAUAACUGCUUAUUCUACGCCUGCUACUUGAAACCAAAUUACUUUGUUACAAGCCAACGUCUAGUAUAACAUCUCCGUAAGUGUAAUGGAACGCAUCAGGCUUUUUUAACGUAAAUGUCUGAUGGCUUGCCUGGAUAUAUAUCGUGUGACAUCUUUUACUAUUUACUGUUUACUAUUUACAAUCUACAUUGAUUCAAUAAGUUUGAUUCAAGAUAAAGAUAAUUUACCAAUUAUUUAUCACGUAUUUAGAAAAUCCUAUGGUAAAGAAAUUACUUAUUGUAAAAAUAAUUAUUGAUCUAAUCUCCGUUCUGCACAAAUAUUGGUGGCUCGGUAAUCCUGGCUAGCCAAAGCGUUGACAAAGA